AUGAACCCAGCCACCCACCUGGUGGCGUACGGCGGUGGCAACGACACGGAAUGGCGGGCAGGAGCAGCGGAUAAAGGCAACAGAUGGAGUUGGGACGUAGUAACGAUGAAGCGACGAUACGUGAUGAGCUUGCAAACGACAGCAGCGCUAGCGGUCGGCAGCGCUGCACUGUGGAAGGAAGGCGGCGUACAACGGUCUCGGAUGAACGACGUCAUGAGGUUGGUCCUCGUCUUCGACCACGACAGGAAUGGCGACAGCGAAAUUAUCCUGGUGGUUUUCGGCUUUGACAGCGAUGGCGACGGCUGGAAAGUCACGAAUCGGCGGCGACCACGACGUGAACUUCUUCUCCGGUCUUCAAUUGAUGCAACGCCCUUUCCCGAUUUCCCAAUCAGUCUUUGUAGUUGCCGGUGA